UACAUCAUAUUAUUAGUGAAACAGAAAAACUCUACUUUCUUAAAACAAUUUUAUAACCCCUUGGAUUCCCGUCGUGACAGAAAAUUUUACGAACUUUAAUAUUAAAUCCAAGUCAUCCUGGUUGCACAAGAAUACUGGCCUCCAUUAUCUAACUGAAUUUAACUUUAUUAUUCUCAUCCCCACAAUUUUAGGGCAUCAGAGUUGUAGCGAUUCAAGAUUUCGUACAACAAAAACCAAAAGAAAAAGGAAGAGACAAUCUUUUCUUGAAGCAUGAAUUCUCCUUGGGGGAAAGAUGUUUUUAAACUAGAAGAUGAGAGUCCAACUUUGAAUAUUGAUUCGAACCAAGAAGCUAAAUCCUCCAAGGAUUUGGAAAGUACUGAAGAAAAGAUCCAAGAAUUCCUUGGGAAAUUUAUGGAGGAUAAUAAAGAAAAGCACUAUAUUGGUGUCAGAAAGCGACCAUGGGGUAAAUACGCAGCUGAGAUAAGGGAUUCCACAAGGAAUGGAACGAGGGUUUGGCUUGGGACUUUUAACAGCGCACAAGAAGCUGCUAUGGUUUAUGAUCAAGCUGCAUUUGUGAUGCGCGGAUCUACAGCUCCCCUAAAUUUUCCUUCAGAAAGAAUAAAGGAAUCUCUUCAAAACAUGAAUUACAGGUGUAAGGGAGGUUCAUCACCAGCUGAAGCCAUAAAAGAGACUCACAGGACUCGGAAAGGCAAAGGAAAAAUGAAACAAAUUAGUAAUGAAGAUGUAUUGGUGCUUGAGGACUUGGGAUCUGAUCUUUUAGAUGAAUUAUUAUCUCAGACUGAAUUUUAAGUCGACAGGAACAUCGUCUUCUGCAUCUGUGAAUCAAUUUCUCCUCGCAUUUCUGGUUUCUUACUUGAACCCUAAAUCGCUGCCUCUUUCUUCUUCCCCUUUUUACCUUCCUUUUGCUUAAAUCAUUAAUCAAUUUCAAACUCAUUCAAAUUUAAGUUUACUUUCACUUCGUGACUCGGCUCUCCAAAUUAAUUAGUGCUUUGAAUCUGAAAUAAGACGACACAUAUCAAUCUUCAAUUUGAAUUAUUUUUUUCUCGAUUUUUAAUUUUGAUUAGUUCCUAGUUCCAAAGAAGAUCCGAGAAACAUCAAUUUAUUUUUAAUUGAAAUUGGAUACAAAAUUUUAAGAAGUUUCGGUUUUCUAUCUUUCCGGGAAACAAUUUUAUAAAAUGGAAAAAGAAAAUGUGAAUUAAGCUCGCAUUAUUAAUCAUCCGCAUAAUGAUUUUGUCAUACUAUAUGUAUUUUUUGAAUGCUUUAUGAAUGGACUUCACGAUGAAUAUUCUUGAAAUCUCUAGCUUAUAGCAUCUUUAUUCAAUGUCCAUACAUAAUUCUCUAGCUUAUUAAGUGGAAUUUUCCCUGAUUCCCAGCUAGUUUGUAAAAAUAUGUUCUUGUACAUCUCUUGUAACGUUCUGUUGUUGCUAGAUUAUUAUAUUUAGCAUCAUACUUGUUUUGAUCUUGAAGUAAUUUGACUCCUGCUUAUCA